UGUGUUUUUGCUACAUAGUUAUCUUAUCUUUUUUCCAUAAUUUUCCUACUAAAUAAAGUGUUUGAAUAAAAAAAUUAUAAUUAGUUCGAUAAUUAAGUUAUUUAUUUACUAGUUAAACUAAAGACCUGUAUAUAAUGGAUACCCUUAGGUUUUAUUUUGUGACCUGGAAUGUAGCAACUAAGUCUCCUGGUCAAGACCUUAAUUUAUUAUUGGAUUUUCCUUCUCAGUUUAAUAAAAACAAGCCAUUACCAGAUUUUUAUGUUAUUGGACUGCAAGAAGUGAAGUCACAGCCGCAGAACAUGAUAAUGGACUCCCUCUUCACAGACCAAUGGACACAAAUGUUUAACAAAAUACUUUGCCGCCAAGGCUUUGUUGUUGCAAAAAGCUAUAGGCUGCAGGGCAUCUUGCUGCUUGUUUACACUCAAAUGAAACAUCUACCCCAUUUGAGAGAUAUAGUGGCACAGUACACUAAAACUGGACUAGGUGGACUGUGGGGUAACAAAGGCGCUGUCAGCGUGCGGUUCAAUAUCUACGGAUGCUCAGUGUGCCUCGUGAACUGUCAUUUAACCGCCCACGAACAUUUACUGGCGGACCGCAUCAAUGACUACAACACUAUCCUAAAGGAACACGCGUACCUUAUAAGCGAGACUUCCAACAUCCUGUAUCAUGAUUACGUAUUCUGGUUGGGAGACCUAAAUUUCCGAACUGACCACCCCGCGGGUAGCAGUCCGACAUCGGAAGAAAUCGUGGCCGCACUCAAAAAGGUUGAGAAGGACAAAUAUGCAGCACUGCUGAAGCACGAUCAGUUGCUAGCAGUUAUGGAGAGCGGAGAGGCUUUCUCGGAAUUCACAGAACCGGAAAUCAGAUUCCCUCCAACAUACAAAUUCUUGAUGGGCAGCGACGAUUACGAUUUGAAGCGAAAACCUUCUUGGACGGACAGGAUAUUGUAUAAAGUGGUAGCGAAUAACUAUGAGAACAUCACACUGAGGGCAGACUUGGUAUCUUACAACCACAUACCACACUACACGGUCAGUGACCACAAGCCAGUGGUCGCGCAAUUUAAUAUUAAGAUUCGGCAAAAGCAAGCAUCCGCUCUAGCCACACCGACUAAGGCUGCUAGAUCACAGAUUCGCAUGCGUUCUGCGAUAGUAGACCCCGAGGUUAGCCAGGAAUCGGAGUUUUGCGUCGGACCUAUAGCUGCAUGCGCUGAGCUGUUAGAGCAUGUAGAGACGCCUGCGGUCGUUCAGGAUUCUGAUGAAGCGGCGUUUGCGAACUUUACGGUGAAGACGGUGGACUUUGCGCCGAUAGUUCGCAUAUGGUACAUCGGAGAUGCUGACUUCAGGACGCAGUGCACGUUGUCGCCGGACGUUGAGAUCAACCCCAACGAUUGGAUCGGUAUUUAUGACGCCAACUUCCACAGCUUAGAUGAUUAUAUAGCUUAUGAGUACCUGGCCAAAGUGAGCCUUUCCCAGACUCCCCCAGUUCCCGGACAACCGCGCACUAUUACACUCAGCUUUCCCGUCGGCAGCGGAGUGCGAACACCCGGCUUCUACCGGUUCAUAUACUUCAGCCAGCCGAACACUGAAGUCAGGAGCGUUUUGGGCAUAUCUGAACCGUUCGAAGUGAGCAGUCGAGAGGACAGGUUAGUAUCCCUCGAUCCAUGCGUGGAGGCCUCAUGCAGCACAUCGCCGGGGAGGUCGAAACCUUCCACCGCUACCACAGACAUUUUCACAGACUUCACUGGCCUCGAUGUCGCUAAGCUGUCACGUCACUUCUCAAACGAUCUGAGUAUUGACUGACUAAAAACUUACAUGCCUGGCUCGCCGGCGACUAAACGGAAAGAUGGAGUCUAGGUUAAUAGUAUACAGUUUGAUAUGGACAUUUUAUGGCAAAGGUACAUUAAUUAAGCAAGGAUCAAAUAGCUCAUAGUUGUCCCUGUUUCUCUAUCAGAUGAAUGCAAAAACGCCAUUUUGAUGUUACCUUUAGAUUAAGUGAUUCGUGUCGUUUGUAUAGACAAGUUGCUUAUCCUGUCGAUAUAAACUACGAAAGGUUUAUAGGAAAUACACACCAGAGUUAAAGUUAAAGAGCACCAAUCUGUGUAGCGUUCAAACAUCCUCUCUAUUAGCAAAGCUAAGUCCUACUAUAUUUACCUACACGCACGUAACAUGUAUUCGAAUACGUUUUGCGUAUCAAAACGUUAAAAUGUCGACGUUAUAAGAAACAUAUCGACAUUAUUUUAAAGCUAAAAGUCACCAAUUCUUCACCUAGAGCUUUUGGCAAAACGUUUGUGAAAUAAAAUCUGUAGUUCAGAAUUUGCAGCUUUAAAACGAGUGGCAUAAGGUACCCUUUUGUUAAAACAAAUGCGUCAGGCAAUCCAUGUCUUUGAGCAUGCAAAUCCUAAUAGCGUAUAGGUCGGGGUCGGUAGUUAUAACUUGUAAAUAAUUCAUUCAGUUCGCUUUGAUGAAGUAUCGCAACAAAAUAUAUAUGCAGUGUUUAUUUUCUAUAACUUAACCUUGAGUAUUUAGAAGUUUAUCUAUAUUCUGCAGUCAGUCAGUGGACAUAGAAUGUAAACUCGUCGUACCUGCAAUGAUUUAACAUGAAACGUUUUUGUUAGAAUAGAUAGAGAAUUUUAACGUCACAAAGUUAGUAAGUGCGUUUUUAUUUCAAAUCUGGGUCAUAACAGUUUUGAUUUUAAAGACCAAACUACUCGAGAACUCAUUCCCAGCUGUCCUGUGUCGGUAUCCAAGUCGCUGCCUCUAUUCAUCUUAGUCGGAUGGAGUACGUACUGGACUUUCCAGAAUCUGACAUCGGACAUAUGUGAACAGCGUCUUACAAAUUUAGGAGAAAAUCCGGAAGUACUAACAUUGGUCGAUAAAAAAACCGUGUUGAAUAGCUGAUGGGAAAAGCAUCAUAGAAAAUGUUUUGCCAAUGACAUUUUGCUACACGUCGGAUCGGGCUGUUGGCCUACAAUACCCCGCUAGUUAAGUUAACAUUGUUUCCCAGAGACAAAAAAUUCUUGUUAUUGUGAUUUAUAUAAAAAUCUAAUAUUAGACCUCAUCAAAAACGUUUAUAUCGGUGACAAUUCUGUAGAGAUAGCCCUACUUUUAAACCUAUCCAUUUAGUUUAGUUUAGAUAUUUGUGUACUACAGAUUUGGCAUCCUUAUACUAUCUGAUAUGAAGAGGUUGCCUGGAAGCAAGCCGCUCCGCUUUCAUCUCACACAAGGUAUAACGA